UGCAAAAACGCCUCAGGUGGCACGGUAUCUGACUACAUUCCUCAGUUAGCUAGACAAAACCCCCAUCUCUGGGGAGUUUCGAUAUGCACAAUCGAUGGUCAAAGGGUCUCCCUUGGCGAUUACAAAAAGAAAUUUUGUCUCCAAAGCGUAUCAAAGGCAUUCACCUAUUCGAUCGUCGCUUCGGAUUUGGGUCCAGAUGUGGUGCAUUCGUAUGUUGGGCAUGAACCAAGUGGCCGGAUUUUUGAUGAAAUCUGUCUCGAUGGAAAUGGAAAGCCUCACAACCCGAUGAUCAAUGCAGGUGCGAUAAUCGUCACAUCGCUGUUGAAGAGAAACAUGACCAUGGCGGAUCGUUUCGAUUUUGCUUUGCAAGAAUACCGGAAAAUGGCUGGAGGAGAACACAUUGGCUUCGAUAACGCGACAUUCCUUUCCGAAAGAGACGCUGCCGAUCGCAACUAUGCGCUUUCCUACUAUAUGAAGGAAAACGAUUGUUUCCCAAGUGGAACAAAGAGUCUCCGAGAGGAACUGGAACUGUACUUCCAACUUUGUUCAAUGGAGACAAACUGCGACACAUUGUCCGUGUCUGCCCUCUUACAAAUGAACGUUGCAUUUCGCCGCAACCAUGUCGAGACGUGCUCUCAUUAA